AUAUCUGUAGCUAUACAAUACAGAAUGUUUCCCGGUGGAAAUGCUAAUGCUGAUCUUGGCUACAACAAGCGGAACCACAAUCAGUUUAUGGCCCAGCUGCCUCCACCGCCCCCGUCUCACUUUGUCCCUGCGGCAACCGUCGCGAAUCCCUUGGUGGCGACAGGGCUUCCUCUGACCAUCGACUGGGCACAGCUCGCCCAGCAAUGGAUACAUAUGCGUGACAAUACUCCGGCUGGGAUCGCUAUGCCCAUGGCUCCGCCGCCCCCCAUUAUUGGCAAUGUGUCGGGGUAUCAGCAGCAGCAUAUGCCAACGCUGCCCGUGAGACCGCCGGCGACCACCGCGAAGAUAACACGUUUUGAGGAGCAUGGCGAGGCUGACAUGGACAUGGACGAUGACAAUGAGCGAGGACAUGGUAGUGAAACGCCCCCUCCCGCUCCUUCGGUUACGCAAUCGCAGUGGCUGGGACUUACCGGAACAGCACCCAAUGCGGCAGUGGCUGCCUUCAGCAAUACGGGCAAGCCACCGUGGAGCCAGUGGCCUAACAAGACGGGCAAUGCCUCUUCCAACCGUACAGCGCAUAUUCCCUCGUUGCUCAAGCUCAACGUGAGCAAUCCCAAUGAGCCGCAUCAACAGCUGCAGGCACAGAAUCAGAAUCAGCAGCAGCCACAGCAACCACCACAAGCACAUUCACACCAACAUGAGCUGCAGCCGCAGCCAGAGAGCAGUAGCAGCGGGAACAUCAACAGUGCCAGCAGUGAAAUUGAUGCCAACAAACGGAAAAUGUUGCCAGCUUGGAUAAGAGAGGGUCUGGAGAAAAUGGAGCGCGAGAAGCAGCGACAGAUGGAACGCCAGCAUUCCACAGUUGGGGAUGCUGAGGUGCUACUCCAAGCUACAAGCAAUGUUAAGCAAGUAUCUAGCAAAUCACUAACAACACCUGUUAAUCCAUUGAACAUCGCGAAUGUGGCCAGCGACAGCGAAGAUUCCAAUACUGGGGAGGAGGAGGCGGCGCACGCAAAAGCAUCAGUGGAACCGAAAGUACUCGUAGGUAAAGAUAUAUUGAAUAAGGCUGGCUACAGAAGAAGCAGCAGCAGCAGCAGCGGUGAUAAUGAACAGGAGGUGGAGAAUGAGAAGGAGUCGGACAACAAAUCCAAGUCUCUGGAGGAUGCGGAAAAGGCAGACGGUGUGACAGGUGCAACAGAAGCUCCUGGCAAUGGUAAAAACUACGAAGAAAGACUCGCGGAUCUGAUGCUUUUGGUGCGUCGCACAUUAACCGAAAUACUGCUGGAAACGACAAACGAAGAGAUUGCAGCCAUUGCAGCAGAAACAUUAAAAGCGCAUCGCGCUAAAGCAUCAUCAGCCCAAGUGAUUCGCAAAAGCGCCUUGUCCUCCAUUACCGGAAAUUUGGGUUUAGCAGCCUAUGGCGAUUCUUCCAGCGAAAGCGAUGAGGAUGAGGACGAUGAGGAAGGCGCGCGCAAUGCGGAAGCAGCAAAGAGUGCUGAUAAAAGCGUCCAACUCAGCGCGGAGGAGUUGAAGGCUCGCAUACGGCGUAGCAAACGAGCAUUUGAAAGAGUCAUUGAUGACAUUGAGGAUCGUGUGGCCAAGCAGGAGCAGCGCGAUGAGCAGACACUGCAGCGACAUCGCAAGCAGGAACGAGAACGUUCAGAUGCUGACAAGGAAAGGCGACGUAUACAUAGUAAUCCUGAGGCGCCUGGGGAGACAACUGCUAAACAUCCCACAGCCCAUGAUAAACUGCUCCAGUUUAAUGGCAAACGGCCGAGUCGCAAGGAGCGUACCACUCGAUUCAGUGACAACAAGGAUGGGAAAAACUCAACGGCAAACUACGCCCAAAUAGUCGCCACUGCGCCUGUGAGCUCUAGCUCGGUUCUUGCAAAGAUGAAGCCGGUCCCCAAUUUGGCAACCAAUCUGCUACAGAUGCCAGAGGCAGUCGCCUGCAUGCUGAGUGCUGCAGAGAAAGCCCUAAACAAGGCCAACAAAUCGUCACGAAAGUCAAAGAGCAAGAGACACCAGUCGUCGGCAUCAUCUUCCUCCAGCAGCACGAGUAGCAGUAGCUCUAACAGCGACAGCGAUGACAGCAACAGCAUCUCCGGCAGUUCGAAAACUUCCAGCAGUCGCGGCAAGAGCAGCAGCAGCCGGCGGACAACAAGCAGUCGCCGUGGUCAAAGCGAUCAUGCCGGCGGUAGCAGCAGCAGUAGUCGGAAUAAAUACGAGCGCCGUGAUCAUGAGAGGGAACGAGAGCGACGUCCUCGUCGUAAUCGAACGCAUUACAUCGGUGGGAGGCGCAACAGCAGUAGCCAUCAGCCACAUCAACGACGCCCGCGUGAGUCGAGCCACUCUGGCGAGGAGGAUGCCGGCAGCAGCAGCUAUCGACGCUCCUCGCGGCACAGCAGCCAUGCCAGCAGCUAUGAUCAUGGCAAGCAUAGACAUCGCUCUAGAUCCCGAUCGAAAUCGCGUAGCACUCACCACUCCCACUCGUAUUCCUCCUCUUCCGCGUCGCAACAGCGCAAGCGCCACUGAAAAUACAACUACUUACAACAUUAUGUAAUUGUUAAAUGUA